AUGUCACCCGCUAUCGCCGCCAGCAACGGCUUGCCUGUCUCCCGAAACGAGGAAGGCCCCAGCCGCUUCCUCCUCCCCUCCGACUACGGUGACUUCCAAACUAACCGAUUGAACCACACCCCUCCCCUCCCUUCUAUCCUUAAAAACCCCUUCCAAGUCGUCGAUGGCCACCCUACUACGGCUGCCGGAAACCCAAAUGAGAUAGCCAACUUGUUUCCGAAUCUUUAUGGGCAACCAUCGGUUUCGUUGGUUCCAGGGCAGUCAGAAGUGAAGGGUCAGAGUUUGAAGGUUGGAGUCGUUUUUUCUGGAGGACAAGCUCCUGGUGGACACAAUGUCAUAACCGGGAUUUUCGAUUACUUGCAAGAACGGGCAAGAGGAAGCACUCUUUAUGGCUUUAAGGGCGGUCCUGCAGGCAUCAUGAGCUGCAAAUAUGUUAAACUCACUGCAGACUUAAUCUAUCCUUACAGAAACCAGGGUGGGUUCCAUAUGAUUUGCAGUAGUAGAGACAAGAUUGAAACUCCAGAACAGCUUAAGCAAGCUGAAGAAACAGUGAAGAAGCUUGAUUUGGAUGGGCUUGUUAUCAUUGGUGGGGAUGACUCGAAUACAAAUGCUUGCCUUCUUGCUGAGUACUUUAGGAGUAAAAAUAUGAAGACACAAGUUAUUGGAUGCCCAAAGACCAUUGAUGGUGAUUUGAAAUGCAAAGAUGUGCCUAUAAGCUUUGGAUUCGACACUGCAUGCAAGAUAUAUUCUGAAAUGAUUGGAAACGUCAUGGUAGAUGCCCGUUCAACUGGAAAAUACUACCACUUCAUAAGGCUAAUGGGACGUGCAGCUUCUCACAUUACAUUGGAGUGUGCUUUGCAGACUCACCCGAACAUUGCUAUUAUAGGAGAAGAGGUUGCUGCCAAGAAGUUGACAAUGAAGAAUGUUACAAAUUAUAUUGCAGAUAUAAUCUGCAAACGCAUGGAACUAGGAUUUAAUUAUGGUGUAAUAAUUUUACCAGAAGGCCUUAUUGAUUUCAUUCCGGAGGUAAAACAACUUAUUGCAGAGCUCAAUGAAAUUUUAGCCCAUGAUGUUGUUGAUGAAGCUGGGAUGUGGAAAAGGAAACUUAGAAGCCACUCUCAUGACCUUUUCGAGUUUUUGCCUCAAUCAAUUCAGGAGCAGCUGCUACUUGAAAGAGAUCCCCAUGGGAAUGUGCAGGUUGCCAAGAUAGAAACAGAAAAAAUGCUCAUUCAAAUGGUGGAAGCUGAAUUGGAUCAAAGGAAGCAAAAAGGUGCAUAUAAGGGACAAUUUCAAGGAAAACCCCAUUUUUUCGGCUACGAGGGUAGAUGCGGAUUUCCAACGAACUUCGAUGCAAACUACUGUAAUGCAUUGGGUUAUGCUACUGGAAUCCUCCUUCAUUCUGGGAAAACCGGACUGAUUUCAUCGGUGGGUAAUUUGACUGCACCAGUAGAUGAAUGGACUGUCGGAGGAACAGCAUUAACAUCAUUAAUGGAUGUUGAACGCCGACAUGGGAAGUUCAAGCCUGUGAUUAAGAAGGCAUUGGUGGACCUUGAAGGUGCACCAAUGUUGAAAUUUGCAUCCUUGCGAGAUGAUUGGGCGCUUAAGAAUCGGUAUUUAAGCUCAGGACCCAUUCAAUUCGUUGGUCCUUAUGCAAAUGACAUCAACUACACUCUAAUGCUGGAGCUGGGGGCACAAUUUCAUUUUUAA